CUUCCUGUUUUCAUUUGUCCUAGUUUGUCAUACGAUGAAGGCGUUCCAUGCGCCUUAGUUCACUGAGAUUAGUAGUUUUAAACUAUAAAGGUCUAUCAAAAACCCUGCAAAAUGUCAUCCAACAGUGGUAUUCAAAUCCCCAGCCGGCUGCCUUUGCUGUGCACUCACGAUGGAGUGCUGUUACCGGGCUCGACCAUGAGAAUCAGCGUCGACACGGCGAGAAACAUGCAGUUAGUCAAGAGCAGACUGCUGAAGGGCACCUCGCUAAAAAGCACCAUCAUCGGGGUUAUUCCUAACACCAGAGACCCCGAGCACGACAGCGAAGAGCUCCCGUCUUUACACAGUAUUGGCACGGCAGGACUGGCAGUUCAGGUUGUGGGCAGCAACUGGCCAAAACCGCACUACACAUUGCUCAUUACAGGGUUGUGUCGCUUUCGUGUGACCCAGCUGCUGAGAGAGAGACCCUUCCCCGUGGCCGAGGUGGAACAGCUUGACAAACUCGAGCAGUACACAGAGGGAGAUCGGGCUGAUGGAGAGCUGGGGGAGCUGUCACAGAGGUUCUACCAGGCAGCUGUACAGCUGGUUGGGAUGUUGGACAUGUCAGUGCCUGUGGUGGCUAAACUCAGGCGGCUGUUGGACAGUCUGCCCAGAGAAACCCUACCAGAUGUCCUGGCCGCCAUGAUCCGCACUUCCAACAAAGAGAAACUGCAGGUGCUGAAUGCAGUAGACUUGGAAGAACGGUUUAAGAAGGCUCUUCCGCUGCUCACCAGACAAAUUGAGGGGCUCAAGUUGCUGCAAAAGACCCGCAAACUCAGACCUGAUGAUGACAAGAGAGUGUUGGCGAUCCGUAAAGGUGGUGUGUUCCCAGGCCGUCAGUUCUCGCUGGAUGAGGAGGAAGAGGAUGAAGAUGGGGAUGACAUGGCUAUGCUGGAGAAGAAGGUGAAGGCAGCAGCUAUGCCGGAAGCAGCACUGCGUGUGUGUGUCAAGGAGCUAAAACGAUUAAAAAAGAUGCCACAGUCCAUGCCAGAGUAUGCUCUCACCCGCAACUAUCUGGAGAUGAUGGUAGAGCUUCCCUGGAGCAAGAGCACUACAGAUUGCCUGGACAUCCCUGCGGCACGGGUGCUCUUGGAUAAUGAUCACUAUGCCAUGGAGAAGCUGAAGAGAAGGGUGCUGGAGUAUCUGGCAGUGCGGCAACUCAAGAGCACCCUUAAGGGUCCAAUACUGUGUUUUGUGGGACCCCCUGGUGUGGGAAAGACCAGCGUCGGGCGUUCCAUUGCUCGCACUCUGGGUCGAGAGUUCCAUCGCAUUGCCUUAGGAGGAGUCUGUGAUCAGUCUGACAUCCGUGGCCACAGACGCACAUAUGUAGGUAGCAUGCCUGGUCGCAUUAUAAAUGGACUGAAGACUGUUGGGGUAAACAAUCCUGUCUUUUUAUUGGACGAGGUGGACAAACUGGGGAAGAGCCUGCAGGGAGAUCCUGCUGCUGCCCUGCUGGAGGUUCUGGACCCGGAGCAGAACCACAGCUUCACCGACCAUUACCUCAACGUGCCGUUUGACCUCUCACAAGUCCUCUUCAUCGCCACAGCAAACACCACGGCCACCAUCCCCCCUGCCUUACUGGACAGAAUGGAGGUCCUCCAGGUGCCAGGAUACACCCAGGAGGAGAAGGUAGAAAUCGCCCAUCGGCACCUGAUCCCUCAUCAGCUGGAGCAGCACGGACUGACCCCACAACAGCUCCAGAUCCCCCAGGACACCACAAAGGAAAUCAUCAGCAAGUACACACGGGAGGCAGGUGUGCGCUCUUUGGAGAGGAAGAUCGGGGCCAUCUGUCGAGCAGUGGCUGUAAAGGUCGCUGAAGGUCAUAAGGUCUCUAGAGCAGAGUCCCCCACUGAACAACAUGAAGACCAGAAUACAGAGAACAAGGAGGAGGAUUCUGGGAUAGCGUCACCUCCAGAGAUGCCAAUUGUUAUUGACCACAUUGCCCUUAAGGAUAUUCUUGGGCCUCCAGUCUUUGAAAUGGAGGUCUCGGAGCGACUGACCCUGCCAGGUGUGGCGAUAGGGCUGGCCUGGACUCCGAUGGGUGGAGAGAUCAUGUUUGUGGAGGCCAGUCGUAUGGAAGGAGACGGUCAGUUGACUCUGACGGGACAGCUGGGUGAUGUCAUGAAGGAAUCGGCCCGUUUAGCUAUCAGCUGGCUCCGCAGCAAUGCCAAAACCUACCUCCCUACUAAUGGCAGCGCUGACCCUCUGGAGGGUACCGAUAUCCACUUGCACUUCCCAGCAGGUGCCGUUACCAAAGACGGACCCUCCGCUGGUGUUACAAUAGUAACGUGCCUGGCUUCGCUGUUGAGCGGGCGACUGGUGCGCUCUGAUGUGGCCAUGACUGGAGAGAUCACUCUGAGAGGACUGGUGCUGCCGGUGGGAGGUAUAAAGGAUAAAGUCUUGGCAGCUCAUCGAGCCAAUCUGAAACGAGUUAUCAUCCCCAAGCGCAAUGAGAAAGAUCUGGAGGAGAUUCCUGCCCAUGUGCGAGCUGACCUGGAUUUUGUUUUCGCCAGCACUCUGGAUGAAGUCCUGAAUGCGGCCUUUGAUGGCGGUUUUCCCGCAGCUGUCAGUCAUCCACAAGUUGUCAGCAAACUCUGAGAUUGUAGCUGUUAGACAAACUCAUGAGCCCAAGACUUUGUUUUUCCUCAUAGGAAGCUUAACGCUAAGCACUUACUCUCACCUGAAGCAUUGAAUACAAGCAAACCAGCUUUUUACAAGCCGACAUUAAUUUUCGUUUAUGAUUUAAUUACAGAGGAUUGAUGUUGACAUAUUGUAAGAGUAUAGUUUGGUUCCUGUAGAACUGAUAGCAAAGGUUUAUCUAACAAUUUUUCAGAUGUUGAUACUGUAGAUCAUUUUUGAGUAUUGUGAUUUAACCAAGAGUGUUCUUCAUUAAAUGAAUUAGACUAAUGAAAGUCAAAGUUCUUAAAAAUACAACUGGAAUAUUUAAAUAUGUUGACAAAUAUGUGCAAUUUAAAGAAAUACAUUUCGAUGUGUCAAACGAAUGGAGGUUAGCAUUAAAUAACUGCCAGAAAAGUCA